CGGCAUCGGAGGCGCGGCUUGCCAGCCUUGGCAAACCAAUAAAGGUUGUGCUCGGCGCUUCGCACGCAACAGUCCGCUUCCGCGCUGGCUCCAGUCAACAUGCACGUUACUUGCUGGGUCUUUACUGUCAUUACGUUUCUCAUUACGCCGUCACUGGGAGUUCCAGACCCGUGCCAACCCAACCCGUGUGGGAAAAACACCAACUGCCGGAGUACGUCGGGCCGCGCGGUCUGCUCUUGCCUGCCCGGUUACCGUGGUUCGCCACUCAGUUCCUGUGAGAAGGGAGAGUGCUCAGUCAGUGAAGAUUGUCCAAGCCACAAGACUUGCAUUAGUUCUCAGUGCAGAGAUGUGUGUGAUGGAACCUGUGGAAUAAAUGCAAAAUGUGAGGCACGGAAUCAUGUGCCCAUAUGCUCUUGCCCUGCCGGGUACUCUGGCGACCCUUUCGUGCAUUGCCGCAAUGAUCCAGAGUCUCUUUGCAUACCAAAUCCUUGUGGAAAGAAUGCACAAUGCAAAGUAGUGAACAAAGUGCCCACUUGUUCGUGUCCUCCAGGAUAUGUCGGGUCAGCACUCAGAGGGUGCAGACCAGAGUGCGAAAGCGACGGGGAUUGUUCCGACCACCAACACUGCUCCAACAACCGGUGCACAAGUGUCUGCACUACGGGUGUUUGUGGUGUAGAUGCCCUCUGCUCCGCCAGAAAUCAUGUAGCUGUGUGCACCUGCCCAGAAUACUACGUCGGAAAUCCACAAGUGUCCUGUCGCCCCGAGUGUGUUACUUCAGAAGACUGCACCAAAGACAAGCCCCUCUGUUGGUACGGUCGCUGCCUCGACCCUUGCAAAUCGGCAUGUGGUGUUAAUGCCGAGUGUCAAGUUAAAAGUGAGACCGCUGUCUGCAGCUGUCCAGAGGGCUACGUUGGACAUGCUAUGCUCUACUGUCGGCCAGUCACAGAUGAUGAUUACUGCAAUCCCAAUCCGUGCGGAAAGAACGCCGUCUGCCAGCCUGGCUUCGACAACACGGGGAAGCGGCGGCCGGUCUGCACUUGCCCUGCCGGCUACGUCGGAAAUGCACUCCGGGAGUGUCAGCGUGGAGAGUGCCUCACAGAUAAUGAGUGCAGGCUUGAUCUCUCGUGCGACGCGUCCACCUUCACUUGCCGCAGUCCGUGUCGAGGGGCCUGUGGGGCACUGGCAGAGUGUGUCGUCAGGAACCACAUUCCCCUGUGUGCUUGUCCUGCAGGCUACACAGGCGACGCCUCUGUUGCUUGCCAGCCAUUAAAUUCUCAACAGAGGAUAGUCUACCAGAGCAGAUAUUUUGUAUGAACAUAGACUCUUUUUUUCUCUCUAUUUGUACCUAAUCUUCUCAAAUAAUGAAAGUAUCUAUAAUAACAUUGAAUAUUAAGAAAGUUUUAAGCAUCGAGCUAUGUUUGGAAAUUGAACUAAAGUUCCAGUUCUUUAUGUAUAUACUUGUGGAAAUUAUACCAAGCAGUUUGUACUGGUAGGUGUGUUUUCAGUGAUACAGUCACAGAUUUGGUAAGAGUUCUGUAUCACACUAAGAAAUGUUAGUAACAAAUUGCUAUUUCACGAAAAGGUUUUAUGGGUAUGGUACCACAUCAUAUUGUAAGAAAGUGCUACAGAUGAAACACGUUUUGGUUACAGUUGCUGUGGCUGAAAUAUCAGUUUCAUCAGUAACAGUUUCUUACAUUAAGAUGCGGUACCAUAGCCAGAAAACGUCCCAUGUUAACUGACUCUGGCUGUGGAGGCCUACACAGUUAUAAUUGGGUAUCUGUUUCAAAUAAUACCUGGCUCUUGAAUUGUGCUGUUUUUCAGGAACCCACUCAUCAUACAUUUAAUGAUAGUGUUUGUGCAUUUAUGUGAAUUGUUGAUAUUCCCAGCUGUCUGUAUAUAAUCUGUGUGUUAUAGAAUAAGCAUAGUGUUUGUCUCUGUACCUCUUUGUAAUGUUCCAUAGUAUAAAAGAUAAACACAACCAUAA